AUGACUGUGUGAAGAAACAGGAAGCUCGUGGUUCUCAGUGCAGCUGUUAGAACUUUAUUCUUUCAAGAAGACACACUCACGUCCAGAGGCUGAGCUCGAUCUUCGUCGCUGUCGGUGUCGUAUCAUCCGGUCAUGGGCUCUCUGUUCCGCAGUGAAGAGGUCUGUCUGGUACAGCUCUUCCUCCAGUCGGGAUCGGCCUACAACUGUGUCAGUGAACUGGGAGAGCUGGGAAUCGUGGAGUUCAGAGACCUGAAUCCAAAUGUGAACGCGUUCCAGAGGAAGUUUGUGAACGAAGUGAGGAGAUGUGAGGAUCUGGAGAAAACCUUUGUGCUUUUGGAACAGGAGAUCGUUCGCAGUCUCUCUCAGACACUGCAGCCCCCCAUCCCGACCCCUCCGGCCCCUCAGCCCAGAGACCUCCUCACCAUUGAGGAGGAGAGUGAGCGCUUGGCCCGGGAGCUCCGGGAGGUGUCCAGGAACAGAGACAGUCUGCGGUCUCAGUAUACUCAGCUGUGUCAGUACAGAGGGGUUUUAAAGCAGACUCAUUCACUCACGGCCUCACAGGCCCCGCUGGUGUCGUUCGAGCCGGUGGCUCAGGCGGAGAACCGUCAGGACGUCAGGCUGAGCUUUGUGGCCGGCGUGGUUCAUCCCUGGAAAGUGCCCGCCUUCGAGAGGCUGCUGUGGCGUGCUUGUCGUGGUUACAUCAUUGUGGACUUUCAUGAGAUGGAAGAAAAACUUGAACAUCCUGAUUCUGGGGAGGAGGUGCAAUGGACUGUGUUUUUAAUCUCGUUCUGGGGAGAUCAGAUCGGUCAGAAAGUGAAGAAGAUCUGUGACUGCUUCCACACACAAACAUUCCCCUACCCUGAGAACCAGGCAGAGAGAGAGGAGACUCUUAACGGACUCCGAGGAAGAAUCGAGGACAUCAAAUCAGUCAUGGGUGAGACGGAGCAGUACAUGCAGCAGCUGCUGGUGCGAGCGCUGGCCCGUCUGCCCGAGUGGAUUGUGCAGGUUCAGAAGUGUAAGGCCGUGCAGACAGUGCUGAAUCUCUGCAGCCCAUCCGUCACUGAUAAGUGCCUGAUCGCAGAAGCCUGGUGCCCCGUGAGCCAGCUGCCUGCCCUGCAGAGCGCCCUGAGAGAGGGAGGGAGGAAGAGCGGCAGUAGUGUAGACUCAUUCUUCAACCGCUUGCCGGCAAACACGUCUCCCCCCACAGUCUUCCCCACCAACUCCUUCACUGCAGGAUUCCAGAACAUAGUGGAUGCUUAUGGAGUGGCGAGCUACAGGGAGAUGAACCCAGCUGUCUACACCAUCAUCACCUUUCCCUUCCUGUUUGCUGUCAUGUUCGGGGACGUUGGACACGGUCUUCUGAUGACGCUGGCGGCUCUCUGGAUGGUGCUGGAGGAGAAGGAUCCAAAACUGAGGAAAAAUACCAAUGAAAUCUGGCAGAUGAUGUUUGGAGGCCGAUACCUCAUUUUGUUGAUGGGGCUGUUUUCUAUCUAUACUGGAGCCAUUUACAACGAGUGUUUCAGUAGGGGCCUCAGCACCUUCUCAUCAGGAUGGCACGUACGGCCCAAUGCAGAAUACUACAACUGGACUGAGGAGACUUUCAGAAAUAAUCGUUACCUGUCGCUGGACCCCAAUGUCACUGGCGUUUUCACUGGUCCUUAUCCUUUUGGCAUUGAUCCCAUUUGGGGUCUGGCCAAUAAUCAUCUGACGUUCCUCAACAGCUAUAAGAUGAAGAUGUCUGUCAUUAUUGGAGUCAUCCAUAUGACCUUUGGUGUGUGUUUAUCCGUAUUCAACUACAUACACUUCAGAGAGAUCAGCAGUGUGUUUCUGGUGCUGAUCCCAGAGCUUUGUUUCAUGCUGUGUCUGUUUGGAUACCUGAUCUUCAUGGUGAUCUAUAAGUGGCUGGUGUAUGGCCCCAUGACCUCCGACUCCGCUCCCAGCAUCCUCAUCCACUUUAUAGACAUGUUCCUGUUUACUGAGAAUAAGGACAACAACCCUCUCUAUACGGACCAGAUGGUCGUGCAGAAGGUUCUGGUGAUUGUGGCUGUGUUGUCUGUUCCUGUGCUGCUCCUGGGAAAGCCAAUGCAUGAAUACAUCACACACAGGAGGAAGAGAACUCCGCUUUCGGGAGACAGACGUCCACUGCUAGCAGAAAAUGGCUCUAUAAAUGCUCACCAGGACGAGGUGGAUGCAAGAGGUGGAGGUGGAGGAGGAGGAGGAGGAGGAGAGGAGGAGUUUGAUACAGCGAACGUGUUCAUGCACCAGGCCAUUCACACCAUCGAGUAUUGUCUGGGGUGCAUCUCUAACACCGCCUCAUAUCUGCGGCUCUGGGCCCUCAGCCUGGCUCACGCCCAGUUAUCUGAGGUGCUGUGGUCAAUGGUGAUGAGUAUUUCCUUCAGGCAGCUCAGUUAUGUGGGCUCUAUCAUCAUGGUGGUUAUAUUUGCUGCCUUUGCUGUGCUAACUGUAUCGAUCCUGCUCGUGAUGGAAGGCCUGUCCGCUUUCCUGCACGCACUUCGACUUCACUGAAUAAAGUUUCAGAAUAAAUUCUACAGUGGAACAGGCUACAAGCUCACUCCAUUUACCUUCUCAUCAGAAGUUGGAGCUUUCUCUCUAAAGUGACCCAUGAACCUCCUCUUGUAGUCAUGGGAGUUAAAAGAAUGAAGUUCUUUUGCUGGGGGCACAAAGCACAUUUUAAACUGUCAUUGAAGCAUCUAUCGUUUUCUAUUAUAUUUUAGCUUGACUGCCACUGGGCGAAAAGCUGGACC